CGCCUCUUUCUCCGAUCGCCGCCGCUCGUUUCUUCCUUCAGUCUCUUCACUCUGUUGCUCGGUUCUCCGAUUACUGACAGAGCUCAAUCAAUCUCUGUUUCUGAAUUCGGUAGAUCCGAUAAGGCUCUGUUCCCGUUAGCUGAUUCAGAUCUUGGCUGUUGAGAUGGCAUCAUCAACAGCUGGGGCCACGGGAUGGUUAAGAGGGAGAGUGAAAGCGGUUCCAUCGGGGGACAGCUUGGUGAUAAUGGCAAUGAGUAGCAACAGGCCUGGACCUCCACCUGAAAAGACAAUCACUCUGUCAUCUCUCAUUGCUCCAAGACUGGCCCGCAGAGGUGGUUCGGAUGAGGCAUUUGCAUGGGAUAGUAGGGAAUAUUUGAGGAAGCUCUGCAUAGGAAAGGAAGUCACUUUCAAAGUGGAGUACACAGUACCUAGUAUAAGCAGGGAAUUUGGUUCUGUUUUCCUUGGUGAUAAAAAUGUUGCAAUGGAGGUUGUUUCUAACGGCUGGGCAAAGGUCAAGGAGCUUGGCCAGCAGAAAGCUGAAGCUAGUCCUUUUCUUACUGAACUGAAACGUCUUCAUGAUGAAGCUAAAGAGAAAGGUCUUGGUUUGUGGAGCCAGGAAAAAGGUGCUGCUGAAAAUUCUAAGAGGAUACUACCUCCAUCUUCUGUUGGUGAUUCUAGUAGCUUUGAUGCCAAGGGUCUUGUAGAUGCAAAUAAGGGUAAGACCUUGGAAGCCAUUGUUGAGCAGGUUCGUGAUGGCAGUACGGUUCGGGUGUAUUUACUUCCAGAAUUUCAGUUUGUCCAAGUCUAUGUUGCUGGAAUCCAGGCUCCAUCAAUGGGUAGGAGGCCUACUUUAGAAGCUGCUGCUGAAAAAGAAAUUACUGCUGAUGAAGACAAUGUUGUGUCAGCUGAACCUCGAGCUCCCUUGACAUCUGCGCAGAGACUUGCAGGCUCAACCGGAGCUGGUGCUGAAGUUGCUCCUGAGCCAUACGCACUUGAAGCCAAACAUUUUACAGAAUUCCGUGUUUUGAACAGAGAUGUCCGCAUUGUUCUGGAGGGUGCUGACAAAUUCAACAAUUUGGUUGGCUCAGUACAUUAUCCUGAUGGUGAAACAUCUAAAGACCUGGCACUAGAGCUUGUGGAAAAUGGUUUAGCUAAAUAUCUAGAUUGGAGUGCAAAUAUGAUGGAAGAAGAUGCCAAGCGGCUUCUGAAGAAUGCAGAGCUACAGGCAAAGAAAAUCAGAUUAAGGAUGUGGACAAACUUUGUACCUCUACCUACAAAUUCAAAGGCAAUUCAUAAUCAGAAUUUCACAGGGAAGGUGGUGGAGGUUGUUAGUGGGGACUGCAUUAUUGUUGCUGAUGAUUCUGUCCCAUAUGGCAGUCCUUUAGCAGAGCGACGAGUUAAUCUUUCUAGUAUUCGGUGUCCGAAACUUAGGGAUAGGGAAAAUGAUGGAAAGCCAGAACCCUAUGCCCGGGAAGCAAGAGAGUUACUUAGGACACGCCUUAUUGGCCAACAAGUGAGUGUUCAAAUGGAAUAUUCUAGGAAGGUGAGUGCGGCUGAUGGAACUGCUGGUUCAUCUGGCCCUGUCGAUUCAAGAGUGAUGGAUUUUGGGUCAGUUUUCCUCCUGUCACCUGGGAAAGGUGAUGAGGAUGUAUCUUCUCCAGCAGUUCCAUCCACUGCUGGUAGCCAGCCUGCUGGGGUGAAUGUUGCUGAGCUGGUUGUUGCACGGGGUUUUGGCAAGGUGGUUAGACAUAGGGAUUUUGAGGAAAGGUCAAACUAUUAUGAUGCUCUUAUGGCUGCUGAGUCGCGUGCGAUGGCAGGAAAGAAAGGCCAACAUUCUGGCAAGCAGGCUCCAGUAUCACACAUUACAGACCUUACAACGUCAUCAGCCAAGAAAGCUAGGGAUUUCCUGCCGUUCCUACAUCGUAGCCGGAGGAUUCCUGCCAUUGUGGAAUAUGUCCUCAGCGGUCAUCGAUUUAAGUUGGUGAUCCCUAAGGAGACUUGCAGCAUUGCCUUUUCAUUCUCUGGUGUCAGAUGUCCUGGCCGUGGUGAGCCCUAUUCAGAUGAAGCCUUGGCACUAAUGAGACGAAAGAUUAUGCAGAGAGAUGUUGAGAUAGAGGUGGAAACUGUUGAUAGGACUGGAACCUUUUUAGGAUCCUUGUGGGAGUCAAAAACCAACAUGGCUGUGACACUGCUUGAAGCUGGCCUGGCAAGAUUACAGACUUCAUUUGGCACUGACAGGAUUGCUGAAGCACAUCUUCUUGAACAGGCAGAACAAUCUGCCAAGAGGCAGAAAUUGAAAAUUUGGGAGAACUAUGUUGAAGGAGAGGAAGUUUCCAAUGGUUCAGCUGCUGUAGCAGACAGCAAACAGAAAGAAGUGUUAAAGGUUGUGGUUACUGAAGUCUUGGGUGGUGGAAAAUUUUACGUCCAAACAGUUGGUGAUCAGAGAGUAGCAUCUAUUCAGCAACAGCUUGCAUCUUUAAAUAUUCAAGAUGCUCCUGUAAUUGGUGCUUUUAAUCCUAAGAAGGGUGACAUUGUCCUUGCUCAGUUUAGUGUAGAUAAUUCUUGGAAUCGAGCAAUGAUUGUCAAUGCACCACGAGGAGUUGAAUCCUCCAAGGACAAAUUUGAGGUGUUCUAUAUUGAUUAUGGGAACCAGGAGGAGGUUCUAUACACUCAGUUACGUCCUCUUGAUCAUUCAGUAUCCGCAGCACCAGCACUUGCUCAGUUGUGCAGCCUUGCAUACAUAAAGGUUCCAGGUUUGGAAGCGGAGUAUGGUACUGAGGCAGCUCAAUUUUUGAGUGAGCAGACUAUGGGCAGUUCCCAUGAGUUUAGGGCCAAGGUAGAAGAUAGGGACACUUCUGGAGGAAAAGUCAAGGGGCAGGGAACUGGAACAGUUCUUGUCGUAACUCUUGUUGCUGUGGAUGCAGAGAUCAGUGUAAACGCUGCUAUGUUGCAGGAAGGACUUGCUAGGAUGGAGAAAAGGAAGAAAUGGGAGCCCAAAGAUAAGCAGGUGGCACUCGAUAAUUUAGAGAAGUUCCAGAAUGAAGCAAAAACCGAUAGGCGAGGAAUUUGGCAGUAUGGAGAUGUGGAGUCAGAUGACGAGGAAACGCUUCCUCCAAUUGCUGCCAAGAAGGCAGGUGGUCGCCGAUGAAUGUAAUUUUAACUAUUCGAAAUAAAUCUUCAGAUGAAAACAACCCAGUGGUUGAGGUGAGUUAAUUAUAUAGGCUUCUUUUUAAACAUUCCCCUUGAGACUAGGAGAGCGGUCUGCUGUUGAGUAAACUUAAAUUUUGUUUUCUUUUCCUUCCCUCUUUUUGGAUUUUUUUGGUUUUCAAUUUUCUUGUAACAGGGGAAGACAAUUUUUUUUAUACUGACGUCAUAAUAAAAUAAAGUGAACUGUAGCUGCUUGCAACUGAAAUUUGGAAGUUUUGACAAUUGGCCGUGUUGCAUUUUUCAUCAUUGAAUAUACAAGUCGGAUAGGU